CGCCGCGCGCCCACCAUGUCCGGCGGCGCCGCCGGGCCGCCCAGCAGCGCCGCGAGCCCCCCGCGCCUCGCGCCCCCGGCGCCCGCCCCCAAGAAUGGCUCCAGCUCCGACUCGUCGCUGGGCGAGAAGCUGGCCGCGGCGGGCAGCGACGCGGCGGCGGGCAGGACCGACGAGUACCGGCGCCGCCGCCACACCAUGGACAAGGACAGCCGCGGGGCGGCCGCCGCCGCCGCCGCCACCGCCACCACCACGGAGCACCGCUUCUUCCGCCGCAGCGUCAUCUGCGACUCCAACGCCACCGCGUUGGAGCUGCCCGGCCUCCCUCUUCCUCCCCCGCAGCCCGGCGCCGCCGCCGCCGCCGCCGCCGCCGCCAGCGCCGCCGCGGCCGCGCCCCCCGCGCCCGGCGCCCCCGCCGAGCCCCGCCGCGCCGAGCCCCCGCCGGCCGCCCCGGCCGCCGUGUCGCCGCCGGGGGACGCCGCCCCCUCGGGCCCCGCCGCCGCGCCCGCCGCGCCGAGCCGCGCGAGCCGCGAGCGCCCCGCGGCCCCGCCCGGCCAUGCGGGCGGCAAGGAGGAGCCCGCGCCGCCGGCCCGGGGCGGCAGCGGCGGCGGCGCCCGGGAAGCCCCCGACGAGCGCGGCCCGCCGCCGCCGCAGGACGACACCGAGGAGCUGGAGACCAAGGCGGUGGGCAUGUCCAACGACGGCCGCUUCCUCAAGUUCGACAUCGAGAUCGGCCGGGGCUCCUUCAAGACGGUCUACAAGGGGCUGGACACGGAGACCACGGUGGAGGUGGCCUGGUGCGAGCUGCAGGAUCGAAAGUUAACAAAGUCUGAGAGGCAGAGAUUUAAAGAGGAGGCUGAAAUGUUAAAGGGUCUUCAGCAUCCCAAUAUUGUUCGAUUCUAUGAUUCCUGGGAAUCCACAUUAAAAGGAAAGAAGUGCAUUGUGUUGGUGACUGAACUUAUGACAUCUGGAACACUUAAGACAUACCUGAAAAGGUUUAAAGUGAUGAAGAUCAAAGUUCUAAGAAGCUGGUGCCGUCAGAUCCUGAAAGGACUCCAGUUUCUUCAUACUCGAACUCCACCUAUUAUUCACCGUGAUCUUAAAUGUGACAACAUCUUUAUCACUGGCCCUACAGGCUCAGUCAAGAUUGGAGACUUAGGUCUGGCAACCUUGAAGCGAGCUUCUUUUGCCAAGAGCGUGAUAGGUACCCCAGAGUUCAUGGCUCCUGAGAUGUAUGAGGAGAAAUAUGAUGAAUCCGUUGACGUUUAUGCUUUUGGAAUGUGCAUGCUUGAGAUGGCCACGUCUGAAUACCCUUACUCAGAGUGCCAAAAUGCCGCGCAGAUCUACCGUCGAGUGACUAGUGGAGUGAAACCAGCCAGUUUUGACAAAGUAGCAAUUCCCGAAGUAAAGGAAAUUAUUGAAGGAUGCAUCCGACAAAACAAGGACGAAAGAUACUCUAUCAAAGACCUUUUGAACCAUGCCUUCUUCCAGGAGGAAACAGGGGUACGGGUAGAACUAGCAGAAGAAGAUGAUGGAGAAAAAAUAGCCAUUAAAUUAUGGUUGCGUAUUGAAGAUAUUAAGAAAUUGAAGGGAAAAUACAAAGACAAUGAAGCUAUUGAGUUUUCCUUUGACUUGGAAAGAGAUGUACCAGAAGAUGUUGCUCAGGAAAUGGUGGAAUCUGGGUAUGUUUGUGAAGGUGAUCACAAGACUAUGGCGAAAGCCAUCAAAGAUAGAGUGUCAUUAAUUAAGAGAAAACGAGAACAGCGCCAGUUGGUGCGAGAGGAGCAAGAGAAAAGAAAGCAGGAAGAAAGCAGUCUCAAACAGCAGGUAGAACAACAAGCAAGCACUUCUCAGGCUGGAAUCAAACAGGUCCCCUCUGUAGGCACCGGGAUACCUACUGCCUCCACCACUUCUGCUUCAGUUUCUACACAAGUAGAACCCGAAGAACCUGAAGCAGAUCAACAUCAACAAUUGCAGUACCAACAACCUAGUAUAUCUAUAUUAUCUGAUGGGACAAUUGACAGUGGUCAGGGAUCGUCUGUUUUUACAGAAUCUCGAGUGAGCAGCCAGCAGACAAUUUCAUACGGAUCCCAGCAUGAACAGGCACAUUCUACUGGCACAAUCCCAGGACACACCGCUUCUGUUGUCCAAGCACAAUCUCAGCCCCAUGGGGUAUAUCCGUCCUCAAGUAUGCCUCAGUCCAUGGCGCAUCCGUGUGGGGGGACCCCAACAUACCCAGAAUCACAGAUAUUUUUCCCAACUAUUCAUGAACGUCCAGUUUCCUUUUCACCACCUCCCACCUGCCCACCGAAGGUGGCCAUUUCCCAGCGGCGUAAGAGCACCUCCUACCUGGAAGCCCAAACCCGACACUUCCAACCCCUGCUGAGGACUGUUGGCCAAAAUCAUCUUCAACCUGGUGGCAACCCAACUAACUGGACACCAGAGGCAGUAGUUAUGUUGGGUACUGCAGCCAGUAAAAUACCUGGAGAGCCAUGUGAGAUACAGGUUCAGCCUAUGUUUGAACCAACUCAAGUUUACAGUGACUAUAGACCUGGACUAGUACUUCCAGAAGAAGCUCACUAUUUUAUUCCUCAGGAAGCAUUGUAUCUAGCGGGGGUACAUUACCAGGCCAAAAUGGCAGAACAGUAUGAGGGUAUUCCCUACAGCUCACCAGUACUGUCAAGUCCUAUGAAACAGACACCUGAACAGAAGCCAGUCCAAGGGGGCCCUACCUCAAGUUCUGUCUUUGAAUUUCCAUCUCAACAGGCUUUCCUGAUAGGACACCUUCAGAAUUUAAGAUUAGAUUCUGGAUUGAAUUCAGGAUCUCCCCUGUCUAGUGUUUCUGCACCUAUCAGUACUGAUGGUACACGUAUGAAAUUUCACCCUGUCUUUGUUCCUCAUUCUGCACCUGCUGUGUUAACUCAUAACAAUGAGAGCAGAAGCAAUUGUGUUUUUGAGUUUCAUGUUCACACACCAAGCUCCUCUUCGGGAGAAGGAGGAGGAGUUUUACCUCAGCGUGUUUACAGAAAUCAACAGGUUACUCUGGAUUUGAAUCAGGAAGAACCAUCUCCUCAAUCCGUGGGAUUACAUGGCCGCCUGCAGCCCGUGACUGAAGAACAUCAUAAUUACAUUGCCCCAGAAUUGACCGUUUCUGUGGUAGAGUCUGUCGGACAGAACUGGCCAAUAGGAAGCCCAGAAUAUUCCAGUGAUUCCUCACAAAUUACUUCUUCAGACCCCAGUGAUUUUCAAUCACCUCCCCCUACUGGGGGAGCAGCUGCACCUUUUGGCUCUGACGUCUCAUUGCCCUUUAUCCGUCUGCCUCAGACAGUGUUACAAGAAUCCCCACUUUUCUUCUGUUUCCCCCAAGGAACCACAUCUCAGCAGGUCUUAUCUGCCUCAUUUUCUUCAGGAGGAUCUACACUCCAUCCACAGGCACAGGGGCAGAGUCAAGGUCAGCCAUCUUCAAGUAACUUAACAGGGGUUCCAUCUUCCCAAUCCAUACAACAUUCUCAGCAGCAGCAGGGAAUACAACAGACAGCCCCUCCUCAACAGACGGUGCAGUAUUCACUUCCACAGACGUCAGCUUCCAGUGAGGCCACUACUGCACAGCCAGUGAGUCAGCCUCAAACUCCACAGGUUAUGACUCAAGUAUCAGUGGGAAAACAGCUUCCAGUUUCCCAGCCAGUACCAACUAUCCAAGGCGAACCUCAGAUCCCAGUUGCAACACAGCCCUCAGUUGUUCCAGUCCACUCUGGUGCUCAUUUCCUCCCUAUGGGACAGCCACUCCCUACGCCAAUACUCCCUCAGUACCCUGUCUCUCAGAUUCCCAUUUCAGCUCCUCAUGCGUCUGCAGCUCAGACAGGUUUCUCAUCCUUGCCCAUCACAAUUGCAGCUGGCAUUAAUCAGCCUCUGCUCACCUUGGCUUCGUCUGCUACAGUAGCUGCAAUCCCAGGGGGAACAACUAUGGUUCAUAGUCAGCAUCCAACCCUUCUGCAGCCUGUGACCCAGCUACCAAGUCAGGUUCACCCACAGCUUCUGCAACCAGCAGUUCAGUCCAUGGGAAUACCAGCUAACCUUGGACAAGCUGCUGAGGUUCCACUUCCCUCUGGAGAUGUACUUUACCAGGGCUUCCCACCUCGACUGCCAUCACAAUACCCAGGAGAUUCAAAUAUUGCUCCCUCUUCCAGCGUGGCUUCUGUUUGCAACCCUUCUACAGUUCUAUCCCCUCCCAUGCCUACAGAAGCUUUGGCUGCACCAGGUUACUUUCCUACAGUGGUGCAGCCAUUUGUGGAAUCAAACCUUUUGGUUCCGGUGGGCAGUAUAGGAGGACAGGUUCAAGUAUCCCAACCAGCAGUGAGUUUAGCACAACAAGCCCCCACAGCAUCCUCCCAGCAAGCAGCUCUGGAGAGUGCUCAGGGAGUCUCUCAGGUUGUUUCUUCAGAGCCAGUUCCAAUAGCACAGCCACAACCCGCUCAGCCUACCACAUUGGCCUCUUCUAUAGACAGUGCACAUUCAGAUGUUGCUUCUGGUAUGAGUGAUGGCAAUGAGAAUGUCCCAUCAUCCAGUGGACGACAUGAGGGGAGAACUACUAAACGGCAUUAUCGGAAAUCCGUAAGAAGUCGCUCUCGACAUGAAAAGACUUCACGUCCAAAACUAAGAAUUUUGAAUGUUUCAAAUAAAGGAGACCGUGUAGUAGAAUGUCAAUUAGAGACUCAUAAUCGAAAAAUGGUUACAUUCAAAUUUGAUUUAGAUGGUGACAACCCAGAGGAGAUAGCAACAAUUAUGGUGAACAAUGACUUUAUUCUAGCAAUAGAGAGAGAGUCAUUUGUGGACCAAGUGCGAGAAAUUAUUGAAAAAGCUGAUGAAAUGCUCAGUGAGGAUGUCAGUGUGGAACCAGAGGGUGACCAGGGGUUGGAAAGUCUACAGGGAAAGGAUGACUAUGCCUUUUCAGGUUCUCAAAAAUUGGAAGGAGAGUUCAAACAACCAAUACCUGCAUCUUCCCCGCCACAGCAAAUAGGCAUUCCUACCAGCUCUUUAACUCAAGUUGUUCAUUCUGCUGGAAGACGAUUUAUAGUGAGUCCUGUGCCUGAAAGUCGAUUACGAGAAUCAAAAAUUUUUAGCAGUGAAGUAUCAGAUACAGUUGCUGUCUCUACUACGGCUCAGGGUGCUGGAAUGAACCUCUCUCACUCUGCUUCAUCCCUGAGUUUACAGCAGGCCUUUUCAGAACUUAAACAUGCCCAAGUAACUGAAGGGCCCAGUACAGCACCUCCCAAUUUUAGUCACACGGGACCAACUUUCCCAGUAGUAACGCCUCCUUCCAUGAGUAACGUUUCUGGAGUCGCAGUCCCAGCAGUAGCCAUACCUUCAGUACCAGUCCCUCUUAGUGAUGUCUCUCCAUCAGUAAUUCAGUCUGAGGGUACAGUGCCCACUGAAAAAGGGAUUGCUGGGGUUGUCCCUGGCACAAGUAUAGUAACUUCAAGUGGUCCCCCUAUACCACCUGCAUCUGAAUCACCAGUACUUUCCAGUGUGGUUUCAAGCACCACAGUACCUACAGUUGUGUCUGUAUUGACAACGUGUCAGUCAGUUCAGGCUCCCAUAUCUGGAAGCAUUGUUUCCAGUAUAGGAAAUUUCUCUAUUCCAGUUUCCUCACCUUCAGCCUCUGUGGUGGGCAUUGCUGCCACCCCAGGUGCUAAGCCUCCACCUGUAUUAUCUCAGCAGACAACAGGCAGCACUACUGGGGUAGCCACACUGACAUCAGUUUCUACCACUACUCCGUUCCCAGGUGUGGUUUCACAGCCAUCCUUUCACCUUAGUAGCAGCACCUCCGCUCCUACUCUGGCUGAAACGGUGGUGGUUAGUGCACACUCACUAGAUAAGACAUCUCAUAGCAGUGCAACUGGAUUGGCUUUACCCCUUUCUGCAUCAUCUUCCUCUUCCUCCACUGGAACAGGAGUAUCUAGUUCUGUUUCUCAGCCUGGUGGGUUGCACCCUUUGGUUGUCCCGUCAGCAGUAUCUUCUACUCCUGUCCUUGCCCAAGCAGCACCUACUUCUACACCUUUAUUACCCCAGGUCCCUAGUAUCCCACCCUUGGUACAACCGAUUGCCAAUGUGCCUGCUGUACAGCAGACACUCAUUCAUAGUCAGCCACAGCCAGCUUUGCUGCCCAACCAACCUCACACUCACUGUCCUGAAAUAGAUGCUGAUACACAACCUAAAGCUCCUGGUAUCGAUGACAUAAAGACUCUAGAGGAAAAGCUACGAUCUCUCUUUAGUGAACACAGUUCAUCUGGAGCUCAACAUGCCUCUGUGUCUCUGGAGACGUCACUGGUGGUAGAGACCGCAGUCCCACCAGGCAUACCAACAACUGCUGUUGCACCAAGCAAACUCAUGACUUCCACUACAAGUACUUGUUUACCACCUACCAGUUUGCAAGUAGGAACACCUGGUUUGUCGGUUAUACCAGCGGUCACACCUGGACAAGUUUCUACGCCAGUCAGCUACAUUUCAGCCUCAGUCAGCACUGCAGCAGGAGUGAAACCUGGAACUGCACCAUCAAAGCCACCUUUAACUAAGACUCCGGUGCUGCCUGUAGGUCCUGAGCCUUCAGCUGGUGCCCCACCCAGCGAGCAGCUGCCACCUUUUCCAGGACCUUCACUAACUCAGUCCCAGCAACCUCUGGAAGAUCUUGAUACUCAAUUGAGAAGAACACUGAGUCCAGAGUCUAUUGCGGUGACAUCUGCAGUUGGUCCUGUGCCGGUGGUGGCUCCAACAGCAGUUGUGGAAACCGGGGGUCAGCCUCAGAAGGACGUUUCUCAAGUUUCAGAAGGUUCUGUCCUUGCAACCAGUUCAGGAACUGGUGUUUUUCAGACAGGGCGAUUCCAGGUUUCAGUCACUAUGGAUGACACACAGAAAGGGGGUAAAAGUAAGCCAGAAGAUACAAAGUCUGUUCACUUUGAAUCCAGCACUUCAGAGUCCUCAGUACUAUCAAGUAGUAGUCCAGAGAGUACCCUGGUAAAACCAGAGCCUAAUGGGUUAACCAUCCACAUUGCUUCAGAUAUGCCAGAUAGUGCCCACAAAAUCUCUGCCUCGGAAACAAAGACAGAAACUGGACAACCCACCAAGGUUGGACGAUUCCAGGUGACAACUACAGCAAACAAGGUAGGUCGUUUCUCUAUAUCAAGAACGGAAGAUAAGGUUGGUGAGGCCAAGAAAGAGGUACCAGUGACAUCUCCGUCUGUGGAUUUGGAACAAACUGCCCUUCCUGCUGUGAUACCAAAGAAAGAAAAGUCGGAACUCUCAGAUCCUGCGCAUCUGAACGGACCAUCUUCUGACCUAGAAACAGCUUUUCUAAGUAGAGAUGUGGAUGAUGGUUCAGGCAGUCCACACUCGCCUCCUCAAGUACUCUCAAAGAGCCUUCCUAUCCAGAACCUAAGUCAAAGCCUUAGUAAUUCAUUCAAUUCCUCUUACAUGAGUAGUGACAACGAGUCAGACAUCGAAGAUGAAGACUUAAAAUUAGAACUGCGACAACUAAGAGAAAAACAUCUUAAAGAGAUUCAAGACCUGCAGAGUCGCCAGAAACAUGAAAUUGAAUCUUUGUAUACCAAACUGGGCAAAGUUCCACCUGCUGUCAUUAUUCCCCCAGCUGCCCCACUUUCCGGGAGAAGAAGGCGACCAACUAAAAACAAAGGCAGCAAAUCUAGUCGUAGCAGUUCCUUGGGGAAUAAAAGUCCCCAGCUUUCAGGUAACCUGUCUGGCCAGAGUGCAACUUCCGUCUUACACCCCCAGCAGACCCUCCAUGCUCCUGGGAACAUCCCGGAGACUGGGCAGAAUCAGCUGUUACAGCCCCUUAAGCCAUCUCCCUCUAGUGACAACCUCUAUUCAGCCUUCACAAGUGACGGUGCCAUUUCAGUACCAAGCCUUUCUGCUCCAGGUCAAGGCUGUGCGAAGUUUAACUGUGCAUCUGAGCAGGUGACAUUCAAACCUGGUGGCAGGAGGACCCGAUUUCUGAGGAAGAUGGUGAAAAAAGUCUGUCCUUGCAACCAGCUCUGUAUGUGCCCUCCAGCAGAGCCGAAAUCAGGGACCAGCAGCACAAACACUGUCGGGGGGCCAGUGAACAGCCAAGCUGCCCAAGCUCAGCCACCUGCCAUGACGUCCAGCAGGAAGGGCACAUUCACAGAUGACCUGCACAAGUUGGUGGACAACUGGGCCCGAGAUGCCAUGAAUCUUUCAGGCAGGAGAGGAAGCAAAGGGCACAUGAAUUAUGAGGGCCCUGGAAUGGCAAGGAAGUUCUCUGCGCCUGGUCAGCUGUGCAUCUCCAUGACCUCAAACCUGGGUGGCUCCGCCCCCCUCUCUGCAGCAUCAGCUACCUCUCUAGGUCACUUCACCAAGUCGAUGUGCCCCCCACAGCAGUACGGUUUUCCAGCUCCCCCCUUUGGCGCUCAGUGGAGUGGGACCGGUGGCCCAGCACCACAGCCACUUGGGCAGUUCCAGCCUGUGGGAACUGCCUCCUUACAGAAUUUCAACAUCAGCAAUUUGCAAAAAUCCAUCAGCAACCCCCCAGGUUCCAACCUGCGGACCACUUAGUCAGACCUAGAGACAUUAACCAAAUAGAUUUGGGGGCAGAAGAUGGAAUGCUGAGGGGUGGGUGGGAGGGGGGGAUGGGAAAGUAGCCUAUAUACUAACUACUAGUGCUGCAUUUAACUGGUUAUUUCUUGCCAGAAAGGAAUGUUUUUUAAUACCGCUAGAGCCCUCAAAAUGGAGAAUGUCCCUCCCUUUGCCAUUUACUGGAGUGGAACAAAAAGGAAAUAACAGCUUUCUUGUGAUAGGGCAGCUUUGAACUAUGCUUUUCUGUUUAUCAAUACCCAAAAAUGAGGGCUAGUUAAGAUGAUUCUGUUAGAAAGCUAAUGGAGAGCUCAAGUUAAAAAACACACCCCAUCUGUAUAUCCAAGUGGAUAGAGCUCUUCCAUUUUGGUACUUCCCCUUACCGCCCCUUCCCCCAAAACCUUACUCCUUAAGAAUCUAAACCACGAGACAGAAAAUACAUCAUUGGGCGCUCUCCUACCCUGUAUACGCCCCCACCCACUUUUUCUUUUUUCUUUUUCUUUUGUCCUAUUUGUUGCUCUUUCGAACCCAGCGGAAAACACCAAGGAACUGAGGUUUCAACCCUUUCUUAUGAUAGGUCAUUAGUGCUUUAAGCAGACAAUAUUAGCAGCUUUGACUGCAGCAUUAGCAAUUAGGGAAAAAUAAUUAAGUUCCCUGCGGACAUGUAACUUUUGCCAUCAGUUUUGAUGUGGAAACACUGUGAUAUAUAAAUGUUGUUGGACAACAGUAGUUUUAAGAGUAAAAUAUGAAAGGUUUAAAAAGUUGGGGAAAAAAAGCUAGCUCUGUCCUUUACUUAUUGAGACACUUUAACUUUUUCCUUUGUAUUUCCAUUGUAUUAGAUAAAUAAAUGUGAAUGUAAAAUUGUAUAAAUUACUGUACUUGAAUACUUCUGUUCUCCCAGUAUUGCUUGCUGGAUAUUUUAGUGCCUUGGACUUCUAUUGCUUCUGCCAUUAGCAUCAACUUCUCAUGAGAACCCAGAACAGCAAAGGGCAUGUGGUCCAUGGUGACCCCAGCAGUGGGUUAUGCCAAAGGGAAAUUGAAAGAGUAUUUCUUAAGUCAUACAACAGUUUUGUCUAGAGCAGGUGUAAUAUGAGCAGAGUGAGAAGUUAAGUUGACACCAGUGGUUGAAAGCAGAAAGUUCUGUUUCAGGAACAGUGAGGAAGGGUAUGGUAACAAAAUUGGGCAGUUAAAAAGAUUAUGGGUUGUGUAUGAUAAGUGAAUGAAAAGAAAGACUAAACAAGAGAACAAACUUGGUGUGAAGAUAUGAGAUGCCUGGUCAAUCGUUGUCAUAAGCUUUAUUUAUUUGAGUGGGGCUUAAACAGAUGAGACCUAGAAGAAAUGGCUGAAUAUUAAAGGAAGGGGGUGGGGGUUAAUUUUUAAGAUGGAAAUGUGAUAGUAAGUCACAGAUGGAGAAAGUUGCUCUAUGAAAAAAUCUGAUUGCUUUCUUCCUGUUGGACAUGGAUGAUGCAUUUUUCAGCUUCGGGAUAUAUUUUGUGGAAAGUGGACCUACCCAUUUCCUAGAAGAUGUCCAGAUGGUUGCAGGAUCAUAUUCUGUUGUGCCACCUUUAUUUUUAAAAUUGCAACUGAUAUUUUCACAUUUUCAUGUAAACAGAUAAUCCCCUUAAUAACUGCAACCAACCAGUAUUAUUUAGUACUAUGCCUGUUUGUAAUGGGCGGUUCUAUUAUUUUCAAGAGCUUUCAGGAAAUACUCUCCUAAUUGGCUAAGUUUGAGGUCUCUGGUAUUGCUGAAGAUCAGGAAAGGAGCUCGGAAUCUUAAUUUUGUGGGUGCUUCUUCUCUUGAUUCGAGAUGGGAUAUUGACAGAUUUCCAACUUCUUACCCACCUCAAUGGCACAUCCCAGGAAUUACCACAUUAGGAAGACCGUGGUUGACUGUCCUGUCCUGUCAUUCCUUCUCGGGCCCUCUUUUCUUUAUAUUAACCUAGGUCCCGACAAUGCAAACGAAAGCUGAACAUUUUAGGAAGGUAGAAAUUAAAAGGGGAGGGGUUCCAAACCCUACUUCAUAUUUCGCUACUUAUUUAUUCUCUGCUUACAAUUCUUGGGGAGUUACACGGAUAAAACAAAGAAGGUGCCAAGAAAAUGACAAACAGACCACCUAAAACAAACAAUACCUUUUACCAGAGGAUAGAGGAAGCCAAAUGCAGUACAUUACCGUUUUGUUAUUUUGGUUUAAUAACUUUGAGAUCUCUUCACUUGCACACAAAAGUAAGAACUGGUUUUAUUUACUGUUGAUUUAUUUUUCCCUCCUGUGGAUGAAAUAACUGAAGCCUAGAGGAAUGAACUAGUGCUACUGAACUGUUUAAAUUAUUUUUGUGUUAAUAGUACACUUUGAGUAUCUUUUUCCACAUUAAAAAAUAUUUCUGAAUUAUAAAUGUUUUCCUUACAUUAUUUAACAAUGUACACUGUUUAAAAAAAAACUGAAUUUCAAACCUUGGGGGUUUCUCAGCAGCCGUUAAUUGUACAUUUUGCACUAACUCUGGGUGUUGCGCUUCUUGUAAGAUUGCGCUUUGUGCUUCAGUUUGUUACCUUUGUAGACUUAUUUAAUGAAACCAUUCAAAUAAACCAAACUUGCUUUUGUUGA